AUGUCCAGCAAGAGCCACGGCAAGGGGAAGAUGAAAAAGAAAAGUGCUGCUGAUAGUACCAUAUUUACAAUGUGGGGAAAAGCUUCAAAAGCAAAAAAGAUUGAUGAAAGAUCAACACCUAGUCAGCCCGAGAGUAGUUUGCAAUUGGUUCUAUUUCAAGCACCGGAUGCAGGACUUGAACCGGAGAGCAGCGGCGCAAACCCAGUCCCAAUUAUGGUAGAUAAUGAAGAAAUUGAUGAAGAUGAUGAUGAACCAACACAAGCUGAUUUGGGGGCACUUGAACAUGAUCCUGGGAAGCGAAUUCCCAUCUCAAGAGAUGGAAGGUUUACAAACUUGAAGAGUAUAAUUGAACUUUCAGCUAUGCUUGUGGAGACAAACAAACAUCAACAAUACUUUCUUGUUUACAAGCUUCUUAAGUUGGUACUGAUUUUGCCGGUAGCUACUGCUAGUGUUGAAAGGGUAUUCUCCUCAAUGAACUAUGUGAAGAAUAAGCUAAGGAACAAAAUGAGUGAUGAAUAUUUGAACAAUGCUUUGGUUACAUUUGUUGAGAGAGAUUUCUUCAGUCAAGUGAAGGAUGAAGAUGUCAUCAAAAUCUUCCAACAAGGCGAUCGCAGAGUUACAUGGUAAUAGGAUCAAUUAUUCUAUCAAGAAAAGGUACUGCUUGUAUGCCUCAAUGCAAAUGUUUAGUUGUAUUUAUUGAUAAUUACUAUGGAUUUAUGGUUUUAUGAACUUAUCUAGUGCUGUUAUUUGACUGAAAUAUUGCUGGUACUAG